UUCCAAAUGGAGGGGAGAAGUGACGCCUCCAACAACCGUUGUCAUGGCAACAGCGUCAAAGGCUGGUGAUUGGUGCACGGGUUCAGCCCCUCCCUCAGUCGGGUGCCGAAUUCAGGUGAAGCCACAGUGGAUCCGCUCAGUUCGACCAUGACCAGCUAAGAGCUAGGGUCUCGUGAACAAGUGCGAUCGUUUUCGUGUCUGUCGAAAGACCUGUUGCGGAGGUUAUGUUGUGUUGUAUAGACUGAUUGAUAGUGAUAGUUUGAAGAAUGACGAUGUUGUCGCAAAAGUUGUACGCGGAUUCGGUGAGCAGUGCGAUGGGCACGAACGCGCCCGGCUACGGAAUGAACUCCAUGAUGAACUCGUGCUCACCUCAGGGUGCCUCAGGAUUCAACAUGCUACAAGGCUCAGCCGCUAUGGCCGGCCUCAACGGCAACUGUAUGGGCGGGGGGGCCAUGGGCUAUGGGGCACAGGGAGUAGGCUCGUCGUGUAUGGGGCCCUACGGCGCGGCCCCACUCACCUCCAGGGCGGACGUCACCCCGUCGGCGCCUCCCGGUGAAGCCGCGUCACCUUCCGCUCUGCAGAGAGCUCGUGCCGACAAAUCCUACCGGAGGAGUUACACGCACGCUAAACCACCCUACUCGUACAUUUCGCUCAUCACGAUGGCCAUCCAGAAUUCUCCCACCCGCAUGCUCACACUAUCAGAGAUCUAUCAGUUCAUAAUGGACCUGUUUCCGUUCUACAGGCAAAACCAGCAGCGGUGGCAGAACUCGAUUAGGCAUUCGUUGAGUUUCAAUGACUGUUUUGUGAAGGUGCCGCGAACGCCGGACAAGCCGGGCAAAGGCAGCUUCUGGACGCUGCAUCCCGAGUCGGGCAACAUGUUCGAGAACGGCUGCUACCUGCGGAGGCAAAAGCGGUUCAAGGACGAGAAGAAGGAGGCUGUGAGACAGACGCACAAGAGUGCGGUGAGUCCGUCGCACCACGGACACCAAACACCGCACACGCAGCAUCUGCACGACGAGAAGCUCAAGGAGAAGGUGGAGGACGUGGUUCUGCAUGCGUCACACGUUGACCUGUGCUCGGCUGCCUCACAGCUGCACCAGCAGCAACAACAGUCGCAUCACCAGCAACAACAACAACAGCACCAGGACGAGAUGGUCGCUGCCAUGGUGGGACGUUGUCAUCCGCACCUGGCCGCCUCCCUGCAGGUGCAGCCCGACACGCACUACCCUCACUCGCACCACCACCUGAAGCAGGAGUACCCCGCCUCCAGCCACCCGUUCUCCAUCACCCGGCUGCUGCCCGCCGAGAGCAAGACCGACAUCAAAAUGUAUGACAUGUCCCAGUAUGGCUACAACGACUACUACCAGAGCUCGCUCUACCACCCUUCGGCCGGCACCACCGCCUUGUGACAGUAUCCGCUCGCCUAAGGCCAUCUUAGCCCCCCCCUCAAGAGUUGGUGUGGCUUAUAAUAGUUCAAAUGUGGGAGGCUACAACCAAUCGCUGGGCGUAGCUCCGUGGAUAUCUUGAUGGACUGAAAACGAGAUAUGUCACAACCUCCAGGUCAGACGACAACAAUCUUAGUGAUAUUUUUUAUAUAGUUUCUGAUCUCCGAAUAGAAAAAUCAGAUAAGGCCCUAAUCACAAGAAACACUUUGGGCCACUGGUUCAGUGCGUGGUGCGUGCAAUAGAAAACAAAAUCGCCUGAAUAAUUCAUUCAUUUUAAGGUGCUGAACUGAGAAAGACACUGUUGGUUAUUAUAAUUCUAUGCGUAGAUUUUAUAGAUAGGAAUUGUAUCAUAAAAUUGAUUAUAUUGAGGAAGACACGAAAAUGUUUAUAGUUUUAUUAUUUUGUAUAGUCGAAAUGUGGAGUUGGAACGGAUGUGAAGCGCGUCAUGUAGACUGGCAGAAACUGAAUCAGCAUUGAAACUUUUUUUCAAUUCUAGAUUAUAAAUAUCAAAAAAAUGUAUACUUUUUCAGCUUCCUGUUUUUAUUAUUCCUUAUUUUUUGUAUACUUGUUGUUUACAAAUCAAUGUCUUCUUUUGUCGAGUUUUUACAGCUAGAUGUGAUUAUUUGAAUCUCUUUUCCGUAUAAUGCUAUAUUGGAUUACUACAAAAGUAGAAUACUGUAUGAAUCUAUAUUUUUCUAAAUAAUACUUAAUAUCAUCAUGAGUAUAGUCUCAGAAUCAUGAUUUUCUCUAAAUCUGUAUACUUAAUACUUAAUACUAUCAAUAAAGGUUGCCAAGGAGAAAUAAUGUCUUGUCUUGUUCAUCCGUAGAUAUAAACCAACAUGAAACCCUAAAACAUGUUUUAUUCAAAGCAACUGCUAUAACAAUUUAUUAGAAUAGAUUCUGUAGGAUAUUCAAUCACCGCUUGUUCUAUUUACACAACGAAAUCAGUUACAGUCUAUUUAAAUAAUCCUGUACUUUGUACCAGAGGUCAGUUCUUUUAAAUUAGGCUAUAUUUCAUCUAACAUUAAUUUGAUAUUAUUGAAGGUAUCAUUUCAUAAUUGUUACUAAAUUAUUGUUACCGGUAAUAUAUUUAAUAUACUCAUCAAAUAUACAAUAAAUAAUAAUUUCUUUAUUCGUUUCUUUUGCUAAUUUCAAGUAGAUUUAAUAUCGUAUUAAUUGAAAAAAGAAAAACUGGAAAACUCAACUAAACAAGUUAAAGGCUUCCGUUCAAAAAUGGUAAGCAAGAAUAUCUUCAAAGAUCUUAUAAUCAUAUAAUGAUAUAGGCCUAAAUGUUAAAUUAACAUAUUUCAUAGUUGUGGAUUGUAACGUGCACUGUAUACUUGUUGCCCUUCUAUGAAAAAUGUUGUACGGUAUUCUUAAUUUUUUUCCUCUAUAAGUCAUUUCAAGAAUAAAAUUUUAUUUUCGUAAUGUUCUCUUUAGAUUAAAAGAUUUCAUAAUGGUGAUUGAAUAGAGAAUUCAAGUUUAGUAUUAAUAUUUUUCUAAAUAAGAAAUAACCAAAAAGUAAUACGACAUCAUGGUUAACACUCAAUGUACUGUAGGCCUUCUCUAAUUUGUCUAAACCCGUCACAAUUAUCAAAGAAAAUAGAAAACUGUAGUCCUAUCACUCCCAACUAAAAUAUUCUUCCUCUAAUCGAUUCGGUUAGAAGCGUGAGUCUAAUUUGAAAUGAAAUUAAAAAUUUAAAUUUAAUUAAUACAUCUUAAACACUUUUUUCAUUUAACUUACCACCACGAUAACUUAAUUCAAAAUUAAACAAAUAGAAAUCUUUUUAACAAUAAAACAAUUAAAAUAUUUUUAACUGUUAACUUCUCUACUUAUCUACAAGAAGACUCCAAAUAUGACGAAUAAUGUUAUAUUUUGAUUUUCAAUUGUUAUUUGAUAAAAAAUGUAGAUACGUAUACGGUAAAGCCUUACACGACACCAAAGUUCAAUAAGGAAGAUGAAAAAUACAAAAAUAAGUUAGCAUCAAAAUAGCAAUUUUUUCAACUAAUGUGAUCACGAUUUAAAUUUAAAAAAGUUCACUGUCAAUUAAAUUGCACCUGAAAACAGGUUUAAUGAUGCAAAAAGUUUGGAGUACCACUUUGUAAUGCUCCGUACGAAUUAGAUCAAGUUGGAAAAAAUGAGUCCUUACCACCAAGUUGUUAUUAUUACCACAAUUAUUAUUCAAAAUGAUUCUUCUGAUAUAUCUUAUUAUUAUUCUUCAUCUUAUGUAUUAUUUAUGUGUGUAGAGUUUUAAAACAUUUUGACGAUGUUUUGUAUCAACAAUACCGUACUUAAAUUGCCAAUAAUUAAAUUUAUUAUGAAUUUUCUCCGCGUUUAAAAAUUGUGAAAGCUUCAAUGUUCAGUACACGAAAAUACUGUCAGGAGAUUAUCAGUUGAGUUAUUGAUAGAAAUAACUCAAAUUACACUAAAACAACCUACGGUAAUACAUUUCUUGUCAAAUUUCAAAUUGUUAUUUAAUUGACAUAAAUCCAACAUGUAUUAAAUAUUGUAUGAGGUAAAGUUAUUUUUCUAAAAAAUAGUGUCUUCCAGAUUGUAUGAUAUCUGUAAAAUAUUAUGUAAUUAAAGCGAUAUCACGUUUGGCUUAUCUGAGGAGAAAUAGUGCAAUUGAUAUUUGGACUGGAUGGAUCCUGAAAAAUGUGAGAUUUCAAUGUCUUGUUUCAUACAGUAGACUCUUCCCACUUUGAAUGAUUAAAAAAAAUUGUUAAUACUGUUAAUCUGUGAAACAGCACAUGCAAAAAAUUGUCAUGAAAUAUUAUUUUACUUAUGAGUUGUACUUACUUAUUAAUACUUUUUGUAGAGUUAUUUAUCAAUUAAAAAAAAUAAUAAAUGAAAAUGCUUGUCUGGAACACUACCCCAUAAUAGGUGUUGUCAGCUACAGAUCUAGAUAUUAAAAAUAACGUGAAAAAUUGAACCAGAGUAUUUACACUUCAAAAAAUUGUACCAUAUCUUGUUAGGAACAUUCAGUUCAAUAUUAUGUGCCGGUUGCACAGAACCGGUUAAAUUUUAAUCGUGAUUAUAUCCACGAGAACCAAUCAGAGAAGCUUUCUUUGAUUGGUUCUCGUGAAAUUAUUCACGAUUAAAAUUAAACCAGCUUUUGUGCAACCGGGCCUUUAAUAUUAUUGAAAAAUAUCGAUAUUAAUUUUCAACUAUCAAUCUUGAUUUUAUUAUCAUGAUUUUUAAUUCAAAUAGAUUUUGUUAAAAGCAAUAAUUUACAGUAGAUUAUUAUUUUUUUUAUAAUCUUUUAUAUUGUCUCAAUUGGGUUUAUUUUAGAACACCAUGUGCCGGUUGCCCAACAGCCGGUUAAAUUUUAACUGUUAUUAUAAUCACGAGAACCAAUCAGAGAAGCCGUCUUUUCAAAAACGCCUUCUUUGAUUGGUUCUCGUGAAAUUAAUCACGGUUAAAAUUUAACCGGCUGUUGUUCAACCGGGCCCGUGUUUUUUUCGCCCAUGUAACAUCUAUGUACUGUAACACAAGAUUUUCGAAAGAAUCAUGAAAUUUCAUGUUAUGAAAACAAAUCCAACAAGAAAAAAUCUGAAUAUUUUCUAAACAAAGUAAAUCUCGAUGGUUUCAAACAGAAUCUCAGUUUUAUAAACACUGUAAAUUUUUUAUUUGGAGUCAUAAUCUACAGCCUUAGGCGACGGUAUUCUAUUAUCAAACCAUAAUCUUUAAUUCAAUAUUAUCCUUCAAAACUGUCUAAAACUUUCAUUUAUCUGUUCUUGUCUGUAAUUAUUAAUAUAUCACAGUGAACUUGUGUUUAUAAAAAAACUCUAUUUUAUUGAAUUUUUAGUAUAAACAUUCAUUCAUUGUAUAAAUUUCUGAAUGAAUUAUUUGAAAUAAUGAUGAUUGGUCAUGUGAAUGGUGAUGACUGUAAAUCUUAUUGAUCUGUAAAUAGUUGUAUUGACUGCAUUAUUACAUUAUUUCACUUUUGUUACAAGAGUUACCUAUAAUUACGAGAAAUAAAUUGAUUGAAUAUGUA